UGUCCACCAAUUCGGAGACUGAAAUAGAGAUGCGAGGAUGUGAUCCCAUACAAAUACAAGACCGCUUUGAUGGAGUUCCGUGCACGAAAGAAGGCUGCUACAUGGCAGUGAUCGACUCGGAAACGUACAACGUUUGCUGUUGUUCGUCAGAUAUGUGCAACUCCGUUCGAAGUACUUUUUGCACAGCAUUAGUAACAUUUCUAGUCAUAUUGUAUGUUGCGAUGUUAUGAAACAUGGAAGAUUAUCUUUCUAAUAAAAUACUUGAGGA